GCCCCCGACGGAUUUUUCCCGUUCCGGCUCUUCCCUCCCCGGCCUCCCCGCCCCCCUGCCUCAGCCUUUCCCGCCGCUCGGGCGCCAAGCCCGGGGGCCAGCCGACGGCAGUGACCCCGCCCGAAACCCCUGCUGGAACCGCCCGGGGACCAUUCCCGUUUCCUUUCUUCAGCCUCACCCGCGGUGGCCCUUGCAGAGCCCGGCCAGCCCCGGGGAGCGUGGCCAGGCGGGGCGUCCGGGGGGCGUCUCGGGGUUCGGAGCGGCCGGACCCUCAGCGGGCUGUGGUCUAGGGGGGCCGGAGCGGCGAGGCCCCCCUGGCCGGGCUGCGUGGGCCGCUCGGGGCCCCGGGCUGAGAAGGGGCCGGAGCGGCGCCCCGGCCGCCCGCGCGGGGUCUCCCCCAUGGUGCAGCGGGGUUCGGGAUGUCGAAGACGCUGAAGAAGAAGAAGCACUGGCUCAGCAAGGUGCAGGAGUGCGCGGUGUCCUGGGCCGGGCCCCCGGGCGACUUCGGCGCCGAGAUCCGGGGAGGCGCUGAGCGCGGCGAGUUCCCCUACCUGGGGCGGCUCCGCGAGGAGCCCGGCGGGGGCACCUGCUGCGUCGUCUCGGGCAAGGCGCCCAGCCCCGGGGAUGUGCUGCUGGAGGUGAACGGGACGCCUGUCAGCGGGCUCACCAACCGGGACACCCUGGCUGUCAUCCGCCACUUCCGCGAGCCCAUCCGUCUCAAGACGGUGAAGCCAGGCAAAGUGAUUAAUAAAGAUUUGCGACAUUACCUGAGUCUUCAGUUUCAGAAAGGAUCAAUUGACCACAAACUGCAGCAAGUGAUCAGAGAUAAUCUCUACUUGAGAACCAUUCCAUGCACUACAAGGGCCCCCAGGGAUGGGGAAGUUCCAGGGGUGGACUAUAAUUUCAUUUCUGUUGAACAGUUCAAAGCACUGGAAGAGAGUGGAGCAUUGUUAGAAAGUGGAACUUAUGAUGGAAACUUCUAUGGAACUCCCAAGCCUCCAGCAGAGCCCAGCCCUUUCCAGCCAGAUCCAGUUGAUCAGGUCCUCUUUGAUAAUGAGUUUGACACAGAAUCCCAAAGAAAACGAACAACAUCUGUCAGCAAGAUGGAAAGAAUGGACAGCUCUCUUCCUGAAGAGGAAGAAGAUGAAGACAAGGAUGCUAUUAAUGGCAGUGGAAGCGCAGAAAACAGAGAGAGGCAUUCUGAGUCAUCUGACUGGAUGAAGACUGUUCCAAGUUAUAACCAAACAAAUAGCUCCGUGGACUUUAGAAAUUAUAUGAUGAGAGAUGAGACUCUGGAACCACUACCCAAAAACUGGGAGAUGGCCUACACUGACACGGGGAUGAUCUACUUCAUUGACCACAAUACCAAGACGACCACCUGGUUGGAUCCUCGUCUCUGUAAAAAAGCCAAAGCCCCUGAAGACUGUGAAGAUGGAGAACUUCCUUAUGGCUGGGAGAAGAUAGAGGACCCUCAGUAUGGGACAUACUAUGUUGAUCACCUUAACCAGAAAACCCAGUUUGAAAAUCCAGUGGAGGAAGCCAAAAGAAAAAAGCAGUUAGGACAGGCUGAAAUUGGGUCUUCAAAACCAGAUGUGGAAAAAUCACACUUUACUCGAGAUCCAUCCCAACUUAAAGGUGUCCUUGUUCGAGCAUCACUGAAAAAAAGCACAAUGGGAUUUGGUUUUACCAUUAUUGGUGGAGAUAGGCCUGAUGAGUUCCUACAAGUGAAGAAUGUGCUUAAAGAUGGUCCUGCAGCCCAGGAUGGGAAAAUUGCACCAGGUGAUGUUAUUGUAGACAUCAAUGGCAACUGUGUCCUUGGCCACACCCAUGCAGAUGUUGUCCAAAUGUUUCAGUUGGUACCUGUCAAUCAAUAUGUAAACCUCACUUUAUGUCGUGGAUAUCCACUUCCUGAUGACAAUGAAGAUCCUGUUGUGGAUAUUGUUGCUGCUACCCCUAUAAUCAAUGGACAGUCAUUAACCAAGGGAGAGACUUGCAUGAAUACUCAGGAUUUUAAGCCAGGAGCAAUGGUUCUGGACCAGAAUGGAAAAUCUGGACAUAUCUUGACUAGUGAUCGUCUCAAUGGUGCAUCAGAUCCAAAUGAGCAGAGAGCAUCCAUGGCCUCAUCGGGCAGCUCCCAGCCUGAACUAGUGACCAUCCCUUUGAUUAAGGGUCCUAAAGGUUUUGGGUUUGCAAUUGCUGACAGCCCCACUGGACAGAAGGUGAAAAUGAUAUUGGAUAGCCAGUGGUGUCAAGGCCUUCAGAAAGGGGAUAUAAUUAAGGAAAUCUACCAUCAAAAUGUGCAGAAUUUAACACAUCUCCAAGUGGUAGAAGUGCUAAAACAGUUCCCAGUAGGUGCAGAUGUACCACUCCUUAUCUUAAGAGGAGGCCCUUCUUCACCAACUAAAACUGCCAAAAUGAAAACAGAUAAAAAGGAAAAUUCAGGAAGUUUGGAGACUAUAAAUGAGCCCAUUCCCCAGCCUAUGCCUUUUCCACCCAGCAUUAUCAGAUCAGGAUCCCCAAAGUUGGAUCCUUCUGAGGUCUACCUGAAGUCUAAGACUUUAUAUGAAGAUAAACCACCAAACACCAAAGAUUUGGAUGUUUUUCUUCGGAAACAGGAAUCAGGGUUUGGCUUCAGGGUGCUGGGAGGAGAUGGACCUGACCAAUCUAUAUAUAUUGGUGCCAUUAUACCCCUGGGAGCAGCUGAGAAAGAUGGCCGACUCCGUGCAGCUGAUGAACUAAUGUGCAUUGAUGGAAUUCCUGUUAAAGGGAAGUCACACAAACAAGUCUUGGACCUAAUGACAACUGCUGCUCGAAAUGGCCAUGUGUUAUUAACUGUCAGAAGAAAGAUCUUCUAUGGAGAGAAACAACCUGAGGACGACAGCUCUCACGCCUUCAUUUCAACACAGAAUGGAUCUCCCCGCCUGAACCGACCAGAGGUCCCAGCUAGGCCUGCUCCCCAGGAGGCCUAUGAUGUUGUCUUGCAACGAAAAGAAAAUGAAGGUUUUGGUUUUGUCAUCCUCACCUCAAAAAAUAAACCACCUCCAGGAGUUAUUCCUCAUAAAAUUGGCCGAGUCAUAGAAGGAAGUCCAGCUGAUCGCUGUGGAAAACUGAAGGUUGGAGAUCACAUCUCUGCAGUGAAUGGACAGUCCAUCAUUGAGCUAUCCCAUGACAGCAUUGUUCAGCUGAUCAAAGAUGCUGGCAUCACUGUCACACUGACGGUGGUUGCUGAAGAAGAGCAUCAUGGUCCACCAUCAGGAACAAACUCUGCCAGGCAAAGCCCAGCACUGCAGCACAGGCCCAUGGGACAGUCACAGGCCAACCACAUACCUGGGGACAGAAGUGCCCUAGAAGGUGAAAUUGGAAAAGAUGUCUCUGCUUCUUACAGACAUUCGUGGUCUGACCACAAGCACCUUGCACAGCCUGACACUGCAGUGAUUUCAGUUGUAGGCAGUCGGCACAAUCAGAGCCUUGGUUGCUACCCAGUAGAGCUGGAAAGAGGCCCCCGGGGCUUUGGGUUCAGCCUCCGUGGGGGAAAGGAAUACAACAUGGGGCUGUUCAUCCUUCGCCUUGCUGAGGACGGGCCUGCCAUCAAAGACGGCAGAAUUCAUGUUGGCGACCAGAUUGUUGAAAUCAAUGGGGAACCUACACAAGGCAUCACACAUACUCGAGCAAUUGAGCUCAUUCAAGCUGGUGGGAAUAAAGUUCUUCUUCUUUUGAGACCAGGAACGGGCUUGAUACCUGACCAUGGUGAUUGGGAUAUUAAUAAUCCUUCAUCUUCCAAUGUGAUUUAUGAUGAACAGUCACCAUUUCCCCCAUCUUUACAUUCUGCUUCCAUAUUUGAAGAGUGUCACGUACCAGUAAUUGAAGAAUCUCUAACGAGAGUUCAGAUAUGUGAAAAGGCAGAAGAAUUAAAGGACACUAUACCUGAAAAGAAUAGCACUUUAAAUGAAAAUCAGCCUGAAAUAAAGCAUCAGUCUCUUCUCCAGAAAAAUGUGAACAAGAGGGAUCCAACCAACAGUCCUGGGCACCGGAACAAGAAAAAUCUGAAAAUAGAAAAUGGUGUUACACGAAGAGGUAGAUCUGCUAGUCCCAAAAAGCCAGCUAAUCGUCAGUUAGAGGAACACAUGGAAAAAAAUCCAAGUCCUCUAAAAAAUGACCCCAGAAGGCAACCCAGAGAUCGAUCACUGAGCCCUAGGAAAGGGGAGAAUAAAAGUUGUCCGAUUAACAGCAAGGCAGGUUCUGAACAGAACCAAUGCAGAAAAAGCAGAGGACGAUCUUCUAGCCCAAAGAAGCAGCAAAAACUUGAAGAAGGCAAAGACCCAGCAAAUGCUAGCGCCAAGUUAUUAGAGGGUGAGAGUCGAAGAAUAGCAGGCCACGCUGGCGACAAUACUGAACAGAUCCCAGAUGGGAAAGAAAAAUUGGGUGUCAUCAGGAAAGAGCUGAAGCAGAGUCCACUGGAAAAAAAUAGAGCAAGGUCUCCAGAGAAAAAAAGCAAGAGAAUGGAUGAAAAGUCUCUUCCAUCCAAAAAGAACGGUAACACUGCAGGUGGGGUAGGGUCUGAAAAUGAAAGAGGAAGGCAGGCAACCGCGGGAGAGACGCACCCCGGUAAAGACAGAAUUGGAGAAAAUGGCCAAGUAUCAGAAAAGAAGCUGAAGCAGGAACCUGAAGAUGAUCACAAAGGGAAAGAUCUAGAGGCAGCUGACAAACGCAAAGAAGGUGGAAGGGUCAAAUCUGAGAGUAGCUCUCUAGUUAAGAAAGCACCCAUAACUCCAGGGCCCUGGAAAGUGCCAAGUGCAAAGAAAGUCACAGGCACUACUGGCGUGGCCGAGAAACGGCUGUGACUGUUGGUGAAAAACAAAUUGAAAGAGCACUUUACCCCCUUCCCCACCUCAAAAUAUUUUUUUUUUUGCCCCCCUUCAGGAAGUCAAAUACUUAGAUACAUUUUAAUUUGAGCAUCGAGCUACCUAGGCUGCAUGAAGGGCCUUUAGGAUUGCUAAGAACCAGCCUUCCCUGGCUGCCGUCCCUCACGCUCAGGAAGGAGCUGCAUCUAGGCACUCCUCUGACAUGAUCUGCUCAGGCUGCCUGGCUCGUCUUCAUGAGUCUGAACAAAUGAUAUAUGUUGAUAUUAACGUGGUCACAGCUCACACUGUAUUUGUGCCAAGUUACCUGCUGUAUCAUAUCUGUUUUAUCUUUCUCAUUCAGAUAUUUUCACAGUAAUGAAAAAGUUAGGUUUGGCUUGGAAGUUGAUGUUUUCAAAUAGCAUGUUGCAUGUUUACAGAGAGAAAUAUUUGAGUCCUUGAAGAAGAGAUUGUUAGCUCAUCAUUAAAGAUGGCAGUUGCCUCUUGUAACAGCUACCAAUGAUGUCCCAAUUUAAAAAUGAAACUCCAAAACAUCACUACUGUAAAAAAAAGUCAGAUAUUAAUGCUUUCUCAUGACUUUAAUUUGGAUGGACAGGUGUUCCAAAUAACUGUUAAAGAUAUCACCUACAUAAAUUGAAUGUUCAAAAUGAGGAAGUUCUCCAAGCAAGAGUUCACCUCCUAUCCAACCCUGAUGUAGUUACAGCAUCUCAGGUCACCCUUAUCCCUCCCCCUCCCAACAAAAAAGCAUGUGGAAAUACUGCUUAUUGCUUUUCAAAGAAAACUAGCAACUAUCUAUUUCUGGAUAUUUGGGUUGUAUCUAUUACUAAAGUCAUUAGUCUUUAAUACAUAAUAUAUAUUUGAAGAGUCAAAUAUUAGAUUGUGCAAAGGAUGUAAUUAUGAAACCAGUUUCAUAGUCUAUUACCAGAUAAAGUACCAGCUCAUCUGGCAGAUGUGCAAGUUCAGGCAUUUCAAAGAACCUGUGUGGCCAGCAAGUCAGGGCAUAUAUGGUAAAUAGUAUGUGCUGGGUCCUAAUUUUAACUUUUAGCUGCAUUAACAUACUUUAAAACAAAAAAGGGAGACUAAGUAUUUGCUUGAUUUGUAAAACUUUUCAGAGUUCUUUUUAAAAAGUCUAAAGAUGUUUGCUGGAAGUUAGAGAUGGGUCUGUUAGACCCAAGUUUUUCAGUCCCCUGAAGCAGCAUUCAGUAGCAUCUAUAAAUACAGGCACACUCUCAGAAUAAGAUGCUCAUGGAGUAUUUGAACACACUUUUUCUGUCACCCUGAGUUCAUCUUGUUGUGAAACACAUUACGUCCAGGCCCUUCCCUCUGCGAGUCUGACUGUGAAACUCUUUAAUGUAACAACUGUAUCAGCCCCUGUAGAUAACACAUGCUUCCCAGAGUGAGCCUUUUGAAAUCCCCUUUCAUCCAGAACUAUAUUUACCAUCUAUUGUAACUACUUGAAUAGAGCAAAAUUAGGAGGCUUGAUAAAUGCUAAGAAUUUAGUACCACAGAAAUGAUUUAUUUUCCCUAUAGUCCACAAUUAGUGACAAAAAAUCCUAUUUUUAUUGUUAACUGUGACAUAAAUUUGAUGUCAUAUGUUGUCAGUUUGAUGUGGCUCUUCCUAAGUAACUUGUCACUGUACUGAUUAUAUACUGACUUAGCAAUGUGGCCUUGGAAUGCUGAGCAAAAUAUGGAUGUACUGGUUGUAAAUGUUUAUAUAUGUACAGUACCUUUAUAUAUACAUGAGGUUCUGAUUAGAGAAAGAGAUCUGUAAAUUGCUCGUUAUUUUUUAUAUAGAUAUUAAAAAAAACCAAAAACA